AUGUCCCAUGCAGCCGACCGAGCGCAGCGAUGGGAAGCAAUGAACCGCGCUCGAUCCAUUCCUCGACAUGCGAUCAAAGCAUCCGGCCGAACGCACCGGUCGACCAGGAAGGCAAAUGACUACGGUCGACCCAGAUCAUCACCUCAUGACCAAGACCAUCACAUCACGGCCGACCCCGACGGCCGACGACAUCCCUUGCACGCAUCAGUUUCGUGGCCUAGAGAAGAGCAGCCCAUUGAUCAUAUUGAGAAGUUUGAAGAAAUCUGCGCUACAAGGAGAUGUAGUGGAGUUUCUGAGGAUUACUUGAAGUGUACUUUAUUCUCUUUCUCUUUGGUUGAGAAGGCAUACAAAUGGAUGAAGGCUCUUCCAGCAGGAUCAAUCACUACUUGGGAUGAGUACAAGAGAGCUUUCUUGAAGAAUUUCUACCCAAAAGAGAGAUUAAAAUGGAUGAGAAGAAGAAUCUCAGAAUUUCGACAUGAGGCACAUGAAUCAUUCUUUGAGGCUGUUUCACGGUUCAAGGAGUACAAGAGAGAGUGCCCUCACCAUGGUUUUACAGAGAUUGCUUUGCUAAACUUCUUCUAUCAAGGAGUUGAUGAGAAAUUCAAGAUGGCACUCAACAUCGCAAGUCAAGGGGACUUCAUGACUAAUACUAUUCUCAAGCCAACAUUCUCAUUGAUAACUUGGCUGCAAGCAACAAAUAUUCUUGCUUGGACUAUGAGAAAAACGUGGAGCAUCAAGCCAAGUUCAGACUUUUCAGAAAUCCUUGAGCUGAAAUCAAUGGUUGCUCAAUUUCUCAAGAACCAGCAAAGGGAUGCAUACCAAUGUGAGAACGGGAGCUUCUCAUGGUAA